AUGGCGCUCCCAGACUUCCUCCUCGAUGCAAAUGCCGUCUUGAAAGAUGAGGCCAAGUGGCGCUACAAAACUAGCCCCGACUACAGCGCUUCCAUCACCAACUUCGCGGCUACAAAGACCACCAACUGGACUCCACAGUCCCUCGAGUCGCUCGUUCAGAACCUCGUCAAGAACUGGGAGAAGGAAGCCACGCACAAGAUCGACCCGACGGAGUGGCGCACGAUCGCCCAGGGCAAAUACUCGUUCCACUUGAAUGGCGGCCCCGGCAUGUCCGCGGACGAUAUGUUGCGCUUGGGUACGUACAAUGCGCUCACUGGGGAGAAGGGCGUGAGCGGUGUGUACGAGCCAGCGGCUAUGGAUUUCGAGACAUCGCAUAAAUUGUUCAAGGGCGCGUUGAGGACUUUCAAUUGGGAGGUUGUGCAGGUUAUUGGCACGCCGCCGAAAGUGAGCAUCAAGUGGAGGCACUGGGGUACGAUGACGGGCAACUACCGCGCAAAGCUUAACUCGGGGCGCACCGUCUUCGCAAAGGGCAACAAGAAGACAAUUGAGAUCUUUGGCGUGACAAUUGCCGAGGUCGACGAAAAGUUCCAGAUCGUCAGCAUUGAUACUUUCUGGGACCCUGACACAAUGUUCAGGCAGCUCAUCUCCGAAGGAUUGGAGACGCUAGACGAGGGGGAGAAAGUCGAGGAGCUUGUGUCGGAAGGGGCGAGUUGCCCGGUUCCUCAUUGA